AUGGUCUUGACAGGAAAACGAAUUUCUCGCUGGUACUUCGGUGGAAUUGCCUCAUGUGGCGCCGCCUGCUGUACACACCCGCUGGACCUGAUAAAGGUUCACUUGCACACGCAGCAGGAGGUGAAGUUGAGAAUGACCGGCAUGGCCUUGCAGGUGCUUCGCAGCGACGGCGCGCUCGCUCUCUACAACGGCCCGAGCGCCUCCACGUGUCGGCAACUGACGUACUCAAUGACCCGUUUUGCCAUUUAUGAGACUGUAAGAGACAUGAUGACGGACAAAAAGCAGGAACCCAUGUCCUUCUACCAGAAGCGCUUACUAUCUGCAUUUGGAGUGUGGUGCGUCUGUGGCCAUGUGCAGUUAGUGUUAGCUGUCUGGGAACAGGCCCGCUGUUGGCUGGGUGUCUUUGUGUGGGAUUACUCUCAACGUAGCAGGGAUAAUGAUGUGGGAGAAAAAAACCCUCCAGCAACCUUACUGCACUUGAUAAACAUUGACCAGCUCGACAGCUCUGCUGUGCCUCUACGGUAUGGACCUAUACGGCUCCACUCUAUGUUGUUGCAUUACAGCGGUGGUAAACACAAGGAGAUGCAGCUGCGUUCAUGGGGCACACAAGCAAAGUGCUGGCUGUCUGUCCACCUGAGGGAGUCCCUGUCCCGGCGUGUCUGUCCACCUGAGGGAGUCCCUGUCCCGGCGUGUCUGUCCACCUGAGGGAGUCCCUGUCCCGGCGUGUCUGUCCACCUGAGGGAGUCCCUGUCCCGGCGUGUCUGUCCACCUGAGGGAGUCCCUGUCCCGGCGUGUCUGUCCACCUGAGGGAGUCCCUGUCCCGGCGUGUCUGUCCACCUGAGGGAGUCCCUGUCCCGGCGUGUCUGUCCACCUGAGGGAGUCCCUGUCCCGGCGUGUCUGUCCACCUGAGGGAGUCCCUGGCCCGGCGUGUCUUUCCACCUGGGGGAGUCCCUGGCCCCAGCGUGUCUGUCCAGCUGAAGAAGUCCCUGUCCCGGCGUGUCUGUCCACAUGAGGGAGCACCUGUCCCAGUGCUGUUUGUCCACCUGAGGGACUAUCUGCAUUGUUAACACACUUGGAAGAGAAAAAUAACUAAUAAUAAAUAACCAACUGUGGCA